AUGUCUACACCACGAUUGAUUGAUCCACAAAACGCGCGAAUCGGGUCUUUGGAGUCUCCCAACCUGAAGGUAUUGCAAUCUUUCCUGCCAAUAAAACGUCAGCCUAACAAGCAACAUGCAAUGAUCAGUAGAUACACUGACCAGGAAGAAAUUCAUACCCUCCCACCUUGCGAAGCAGGUAUGGAAACGUCUCCCGAACCACUGGCCCAGUGCUCGAUAGAAGGAACACUGUCAAUACUUGUCAGUGGAGGCAAUAUUCAAGCAGAGCUUUUUAAGCUGACAGCAGUCCUCAGCCAAUAUAACGAGAACGGGGAAAAAGUCACCCUGGAGGAAAUUAGGACCGUGAGAAAAAGUUAUGCGGGUAUCAUCAUCGAAAACGGCCGACAAAAGUUCUAUCAUUCACGCCCUUCAUCCAUAAUAAUAGAUUUCAGUGUACUGAAGCUUCUUCCGUAUGGAGCUUACUAUAACUUGGUGCAGCAUCCAAUGCUCUUUGUGACCUUACGGAAUUGGUUUGCCGAAUGA